AUGACAAUUACUUCAUUCUCCCAAAAUCUGAAGAUCAAUUCUAAAGACUUAGUUGAAACUAUCCAUUCUACUGCUGCUACGUUUGGAGCAAAGGGUGUCUGGGGGUCCGAGCCUACGCAAACAGGUGUUUGUAGAUUGGCACUCAGUGAUAUCGAUAAACAAGUUAAAGACUGGUUUGUCUCAGAAACAAAGAAAUUGGGAUGCACAAUAAAAAUCGAUGAAGUUGGUAAUAUUUUCGCAACGUACCCAGGAAAAUAUAAUGACCACAAGCCAACUGGGAUUGGGUCCCAUCUUGACACACAACCAACUGGGGGCAGAUACGAUGGUAUAUAUGGUGUUUUAUCCGGUCUACAAGUUUUGAGAACUUUACAUGCAAAUAAAAUCACUCCGAAUUUUCCUAUUACUGUCAUCAAUUGGUGUAAUGAAGAAGGUGCACGCUUUCCGAUGAGUUUAAUGGCUUCCAGUGUUUGGGCUGGUAUCAAAACAAAAGAUGAAGUAUAUGCUUUAAAAGAUGUGUACGACAACGAAACAACCGUGUUGGAGGAACUAAAAAGAAUUGGAUAUUUAGGAGACGUUGAGUGCUCAUACAAAACCAAUCCUUUGGACUGUCACUUUGAGAUUCACAUUGAACAAGGUCCUGUUUUAGAGAAGUACGGAAAGCCCGUUGGAGUACUAACAGGAGCGCAAGCCUACAACUGGCUAAUUGUCAAAAUGAAAGGUAUGUCUCAACACACCGGCACAACACCAAUGGAAUUUCGUAGGGAUGCCCUAUUAGCAACUUCAAAAGUUAUUACCGGUGUUAACCAAAUUGCAAAGAAAUAUGGCGGUUUAGCGUCCAUUGCGCAUAUGACCGUGUCACCUGAUGUUGUCAACGUCAUAGCAGGUGAAGUUGAAUUUGUUCUUGAUAUUCGCCAUGAAACUGAUGAAGGAUUAACUAAGAUUAGAAAGGAUUGCAUUGAACUCAUUGAAAGAGCUUCGUUAAAUGAAGAUGGCAAUGGGGUUAGAUUACCAUACACCAUUGAAGAUCCAUACCCGAUCAAGGCCACCCACUUUGACGAAAUGCUGAUCAAUAUUGUCGAUGAAUCGGCAACAGUUAUUGUUGGCGAUGAGGGAAAGCAUAAAAUGGUAAGUGGUGCUGGCCAUGAUUCAUGUGCAACUAACUUGGUUGUUCCAACAGUGAUGAUUUUUGUCCCAUCUGUCGAUGGUGUCUCUCAUAAUCCAAGAGAACACACCAAACCGGAAGAGCUCGAAAUAGGGUUCCGGGUUCUUCUUGAGUCUAUUCUGAGAUAUGACAAUGCCCGUCUAUCCGAUCUGUAA